UUUUCCAUUUCUUUUCUCGAUUCGGGAUUUUUAGGGCUUUUUCCAAGCUCGAUUCUUAUCUCCUUUUACUUUAUGUACCCUUUUAUUUGUAUAAGGUCCAGGAUUUGGAACACUCCUAUUUCUGGUUUCAUUUAUGAUUGAAGAUGUCUGUAUCUCUUUGUUUUUGUUUCAUCUGACUGGUCAAACCAGAAAAAGUUUUGAAAUUUAUGAGAUUAUCACUAAUAGUGGACUUGUUGUAUUUACUAAAGUUUCUUUUUAAAGUGUUUGUCUUUUUAUUUGAUUUUGGUUCAACAACUCCAUGAAAACCUUUGAGAUGAAACUGAUUCGUUAUAUUAGCUUACUAGCUGAGACAUUAGGAAGUAAAGCUUUUCCCUUUUAUUUCUUUCUUUUUCAUUUUCUUUCGUUUCCUAUUCUUUUUUUUUUCUUUUUCUUUUUGCAGAUAGAACCAAUCCCAAGUGGAAAUCUUCCCCCUGGUUUUGAUCCAAGUACUUGCCGCAGUGUGUACGUUGGAAACAUCCAUAUUCAGGUGACGGAACCUCUGCUCCAAGAGGUGUUUGCUAGCACUGGUCCUGUUGAAAGCUGUAAACUAAUUAGGAAAGACAAGUCUUCUUAUGGGUUUGUCCACUACUUUGAUCGAAGAUCGGCUGGUCUUGCCAUCCUUUCUCUCAAUGGAAGGCAUUUGUUCGGGCAACCUAUCAAGGUUAACUGGGCUUAUGCUAGUGGCCAGAGGGAGGAUACUUCAAGUCACUUCAAUAUAUUUGUUGGGGAUUUGAGUCCGGAGGUUACUGAUGCCAUGCUGUUUAAUUGCUUCUCUGUGUAUCCGACUUGUUCGGAUGCAAGAGUUAUGUGGGAUCAGAAGACUGGACGUUCACGAGGAUUUGGAUUUGUUUCGUUCCGGAACCAACAGGAUGCCCAGACUGCAAUAGAUGAAAUUGGCGGGAAAUGGCUUGGAUCGAGACAGAUACGUUGCAACUGGGCGACAAAAGGAGCCACUUCUGGUGAGGAGAAACAAAGUUCUGAUUCCAAAAGUGUCGUGGAACUAACCAGUGGUGUCUCAGAGGAUGGUAAAGAUACUAGUAACGGUGAAGCUCCUGAGAACAAUGCUCAGUACACAACUGUUUACGUUGGCAAUCUUGUUCCAGAGGUUUCCCAGGUUGAUCUUCACCGCCACUUUCAUUCCCUUGGUGUUGGGGUCAUUGAGGAAGUCCGUGUUCAAAGAGAUAAAGGUUUUGGAUUUGUGAGAUACUCUACUCAUGCAGAGGCAGCCCUUGCUAUUCAGAUGGGAAAUACACAUUCCUACCUUAGUGGCAGGCAAAUGAAGUGUUCUUGGGGAAGCAAGCCAACUCCACCAGGGACAGCUUCAAAUCCGCUUCCUCCCCCAGGUCCUGCGCCAAUCCCGGGAUUCUCAGCCAGCGAUCUUUUAGCUUACGAGAGGCAACUAGCGAUGAGCAAGAUGGCAGGAAUGAAUCCGCUGAUGCAUCACCCACAUGGACAACAUGCUCUUAAGCAGGCUGCAAUGGGAGCCACUGGUUCAAGCCAGGGAAUGUAUGACGGUGGUUUCCAGAACGGGCAGCAGCUCAUGUACUACCAGUGAGUUCACCCCUGGAGCCGUUAUUUGAGUGAAGAGUUAUUUUUCUUCCUUUUUUUUGUUAUGUAACGUCUUCGUUAUUGUAUCUUUUUCGUUUCUUCUAACUUAUGCUCUUAUUAUAAUGUUAUCAUGUAGCUGUGGGUUUGUGGUUUGUGUUCCACGUUCUUUCCUUAGUUAACUACGGUUUACGUUUUCGCUCAUCUUCACUUCAUUCUCCAUCUGUACUUUCAUUUAACUUAAUGUUAUUAUUGGGUCUAUAAACGUGUUCUUAUUUCU